CGUUGCCACGUUCAAUCCUUAAUUUACAAGUAGGAACUCAAAAACAUUCGGCGUUCACUGAACACUUCUUUGCUCUCUCAUAUUUUUUUUUCAAUAAAUUUUGAAAAAUUCUACAUUUUUUUGUGUCAUGAGGUACAAGAAUAUUAAAAUUUAUCAACAUGAGCUUUUGGCAACGAAGACGUUUUCGUAUAACACCGCUUCGUGCGCUGGUGGCAAUUUUAUUUGUCAGUUUUGUUUUGUGGUAUAGCCUCAAUAAAGAGGAAAUUCCAAAACAGCCCUGCAGUGUUCCUGAAGAAUUUACCGAAAGAUUGCACGAUUUAACAUACAGGGUUCAUUUGGUAUUGACGAAAUUGAGCCUCGUGCAUUUUUUAUGCUUCGGAGGACUCUGGGGACAAUUGCGAAUAGGACGAGCCCUCCCUUGGGUUCGAAAAGUAGAUUUGUGUUUAGUCGACACUUUAAGAGAUGAUGCACUCAUUACAAAAGCAUUUAGAGAAGAAAGUUUAAGUGCCACUUAUAUGCAUGCUGCAGGAAUUUAUCUCGUGCAGGAACAUGAAGUUGGUGAAGAUGCACCAAAAGUGGAAAUUAUUGUCUUCGAAGAAGACACAGUUACUCAAAUGGUUAGAAGGGUCGGUUGGACAAGAAGGGUUUUGCCACCUGAUUGCGAACUAUCUCCUAGUCUACAAUGCUUUCCACCACAAUUGGUAAUUUCACCUUUGCCAAUGAAGCAAUUUGGUGGUCAUUCGAUACCAGUCCCAAGAGAAGGUAUCGAACUCCAAAAGUAUCAUUACCCCAAUGACUGGUGGUUAGAGGUUAAACCCACUGACUGCUUCGAUCCUGAUAAAAUUGACUCCUAAUCAUAUCAAAAAUACAAAAAAAAAAAACAAAUAGAAAUAUUAAUUUUAUUUAAAGUAAGAUAAUUUCCCAACGAAUAAGAACAUUUUUACUAUAUACAAUUCGUGCCAUAUUGUUUUUAGUUUUCCCAUAUAAAUGUUAUUGACAUUUGUGAUAAUAAAAAAAAGAAAAAAAUUUUUUAUUCAAAUAAUCCAUUAAAAAUAUUAUUUAUUUGAUAAUAGUCGAUUGUUUGAAUCAAAAACAUUUUUUUCUGUGUGUGAUAAUCUUUAUAAGUUAUAUUAAAAUUAAUUUAUAACAAUAAAAAAAAAAAUUGUAAAUUAGUCUCCUAAGAUUCUACACAUUUGCAUAUAUAUGUAUACCUACUUUAUUAGAAU